AUGGAUGAGGAGACCGUGUCCGCCGCGCUCAUGUCCUUGCACCCCGAUACGGCCCUAGCGCUUCUCGAGGACCUGGAACGUCAUUCCAGAGAGUACAACAAGCCCGUGCCCCGUACGCACUCGCUUGCGGCGAGGUCGGGAUCCCAACGCCAAAGUAAGGCUCGGUCGAGCAAGAAGCAGGCGGUCGGAGCAUCGACUCGCACGAAGAUGCCGAGCCCGAUUAGAGGAUCUCAGGGUACCGCCGGCUUUGUUGCGGUCGAUUCUCGCGAAACGGCCCCUGGCGGACGAGCCGCAUUUGCGUGGUGGCUCUAUCAUUCGAACAGGAAAUCGAUGACCAUAUGCAAGCGGUGCGUCAAGAAAAUGUACAUGUGCGACGGGAAGACAAACGACGCCGACGUAUGCGAAUAUUGCCGUCGCGACCGGUGCCCUCGUGCAUGCGUCAAGCAGCCGGAGCUGUCACAAUAUCAGCAGCUGUCUCGCGAGGCUAACAGUCACGUCCGCUUGUUGGACGAGCUCGCGAACAUCGUCGACGAUCCGUCCGACGCGUUCUCCAAGGCGUUGGAUUCGCUUCGAUCCGAGAUCAACCAGGAUCACAGGCAGUACAAGCGGGCGUUCGGUGGCAGGUAA